AUGGAGGGUCCAUCUCGUGUGUACCUUUUUGGAGACCAGACCAGCGACAUCGAAGCUGGCUUGCGCCGUCUGCUCCAAGCUAAGAACAGCACCAUUGUCCAGUCUUUUUUCCAGCAAUGCUUCCAUGCGAUCCGUCAAGAGAUCGCAAAGCUGUCGCCGUCUCAACGGAAGCUCUUUCCACGCUUCACAAGCAUUGUCGAUCUCCUCUCCAGGAGCCGUGAAUCAGGCCCUAGCCCUGUCCUGGAGAGUGCAUUGACAUGCAUCUACCAGUUGGGUUGUUUUAUUCACUUUUAUGGGGAUCUUGGACAUGACUACCCUACGCCCUCCAACAGCCAUCUGGUUGGCCUGUGCACCGGUGUUCUGAGUUGCACGGCUGUAAGUUGCGCCAGGAAUGUUGGUGAGCUUAUUCCAGCUGCAGUGGAAGCAAUUGUAAUUGCACUGCGACUGGGAAUCUGCGUUUUCCGAGUUCGAGAACUGGUGGCCUCCGCCGAUUCCGAGUCAACAUGCUGGUCAGCGUUGGUUUCCGGAAUUAGCGAAGCAGAGGCUAGCCGCCUGAUCGACGAGUAUAGCAGUAAGAAGGCUACUCCACCUUCUUCGAAACCGUAUAUCAGCGCGGUAAGCUCUAAUGGUGUUACUGUCAGUGCACCACCUACGAUCCUUGAUGAAUUUGUCGAGACCUGCAUUUCCAAGAACUACAAGCCAGUGAAGGCUCCGAUUCAUGGCCCGUACCAUGCGCCACAUCUGUAUGAUGAUAAGGAUAUUGAACGCAUCCUGCACCAAUCCUCUGCUCUGGAGGAACUGACCGGCUGGUCACCCGCCAUUCCCGUCAUCUCCAGCAACACUGGGAAGCCGAUUAAGGCAACGUCCAUCAAAGAUCUCUUCAAGGUCGCACUGGAGGAGAUACUACUCCGACGACUAUGCUGGGACAAGGUCACAGAGUCCUGCACAUCAGUCUGCAAGACCGGCAAAAACCACUCUUGCAAAUUGUUUCCGAUCUCAAGUAGCGCCACGCAGAGUUUGUUCACCGUCCUCAAGAAGGCUGGUGUGAGCAUCAGCUUGGAGACUGGGGUAGGAGAGAUUGCGAUAAACCCGGAAACGCGGAACCUCACCGGCAAGGCAGAAAACUCGAAGAUUGCCAUCAUCGGUAUGUCUGGAAGAUUUCCUGAGUCAGAUGGUACGGAGGCCUUCUGGGACCUCCUGUACAAGGGACUCGACGUACAUCGCAAAGUCCCCGCAGACCGCUGGGACGUUGAUGCCCACGUCGACAUGACUGGGUCAAAGAGAAACACAAGUAAAGUGUCUUACGGUUGUUGGAUAAACGAACCCGGCCUGUUUGACCCCAGAUUCUUCAACAUGUCGCCCCGGGAAGCCCUCCAAGCAGAUCCUGCACAACGUCUUGCUUUGCUUACAGCGUACGAGGCUCUCGAGAUGGCUGGAUUCAUCCCGGAUAGCUCUCCCUCGACACAGAGGGACCGUGUGGGUAUUUUCUACGGAAUGACUAGUGACGACUACCGUGAGAUCAACAGCGGCCAGGACAUUGAUACCUAUUUCAUCCCUGGCGGUAACCGAGCAUUUACGCCGGGUCGGAUAAACUACUACUUCAAAUUCAGCGGCCCAAGUGUGAGUGUUGACACAGCGUGCUCGUCGAGUCUUGCUGCUAUCCAUAUGGCCUGCAAUUCGAUCUGGAGAAAUGACUGCGACGCCGCCAUCACUGGCGGUGUAAACAUCCUGACCAACCCUGACAACCACGCGGGUCUGGAUCGGGGCCAUUUCCUGUCUACCACUGGCAACUGUAACACCUUUGAUGACGGUGCCGACGGCUACUGUAGAGCGGACGGAGUUGGAAGCAUCGUUUUGAAGCGGCUCGAAGAUGCCGAGGCCGACAACGACCCGAUCCUGGCAGUCAUUAACGGUGCUUACACCAACCACUCGGCGGAGGCCGUGUCAAUCACUCGUCCCCACGUUGGUGCGCAAGCAUUCAUCUUCAACAAGCUGCUCAAUGAUGCGAACAUCGACCCCAAGGACGUGAGCUACGUGGAAAUGCAUGGCACCGGAACUCAAGCCGGUGACGCAGUGGAAAUGCAAUCCGUUCUUGAUGUCUUCGCACCAGACUACCGCCGGGGUCCUGGUCAAUCGCUUCAUAUUGGCUCUGCCAAAGCCAACAUCGGACAUGGCGAAUCCGCAUCAGGAGUGACUGCUCUUGUCAAGGUCCUCCUAAUGAUGAGAGAAAACAUGAUUCCUCCUCAUUGCGGUAUCAAGUCCAAAAUCAAUUCCAAUUUCCCGACGGACUUGGCCAAGCGCAAUGUUCAUAUCGCCUUCCAGCCCACUCCAUGGAAUCGUCCGGCUUCCGGAAAGCGGCGAACCUUUGUCAACAACUUUUCUGCUGCUGGUGGUAACACUGCUCUUCUGGUGGAAGAUGCUCCCAUACCGGAACGCCAGGGGCAGGACCCCAGGUCGUUCCACCUGGUCUCGGUGUCAGCAAGAUCACAGUCUGCACUGAAGAACAACGUCGAAGCCCUGGUGAAGUUUAUUGACGCUCAGGGUAAGUCCUUUGGAGUGAAAGAAACCGAAUUUCUUCCGAACCUGGCGUACACGACCACCGCACGCCGCAUCCACCAUCCGUUCCGUGUCACUGCUGUUGGAGCGAACCUGCAAUCCCUGCGUGACUCGCUGCAUGGUGCUUUAAACCGUGAGACAUAUACCCCAGUACCCUCAACGGCUCCUGGUAUUGGAUUCGUCUUCACCGGCCAAGGCGCCCAAUACACAGGAAUGGGCAAGGAGCUCUACCGCAGUUGUUUCCAGUUCCGCACCACCAUUGAGCACUUUGACUGCAUCGCAAGAAGCCAGGGCCUUCCUUCUAUCCUGCCUCUCGUCGAUGGAAGCGUACCCGUUGAAGACCUUAGCCCAGUCGUGGUACAAGUGGGCACUACUUGUGUGCAAAUGGCUCUGGUCAAUUACUGGACUGCGUUGGGUGUGAAGCCGGCCUUCAUUAUCGGACACAGUCUCGGUGACUAUGCAGCCCUUAACACAGCCGGUGUUCUAUCCACCAGCGAUACAAUCUAUCUGUGUGGCCGCCGUGCUCAGUUGCUGACGAAGGAGUGCAAGAUUGGGACACAUUCGAUGCUGGCCAUCAAGGCGUCUCUGGCAGAGGUUAAACAGUUCCUCAGAGAUGAGCUCCACGAAGUCUCUUGUAUUAACGCACCAGCAGAGACCGUCGUCAGCGGUCUUGUCGCUGAUAUUGAUGAGCUGGCUCAGAAAUGCUCCACAGAGGGUUUGAAGUCAACCAAGCUCCGUGUCCCUUACGCAUUCCACUCCUCUCAAGUGGACCCUAUCUUGGAUUCCUUUGAAGAUAUUGCUCAAGGUGUCACCUUCCACAAGCCGACAACACCUUUCGUCUCAGCCCUGUUCGGCGAAGUGAUCACUGAUGCCAACUGGGAGUGUCUCGGCCCCAAAUACCUGCGCGAUCAUUGCAGGAAGACGGUCAACUUCCUUGGCGGCGUGGAGGCUACAAGGCAUGCGAAGCUGACCAACGACAAGACUUUGUGGGUCGAGAUUGGCUCACAUACCAUUUGCUCUGGAAUGAUUAAGGCAACACUUGGACCGCAAGUUACAACGGUUGCAUCUCUACGCCGCGAAGAAGAUAUCUGGAAGGUCCUUUCAAGCAGUCUUGCGAGCCUUCACUUGGCGGGUAUUGACAUCAACUGGAAGCAAUAUCACCAAGACUUUUGCUCCUCUCUCCAGGUUCUUCGCCUCCCAGGCUACAAGUGGGAUCUCAAGAACUACUGGAUUCCCUAUACCAACAACUUCUGCUUGAGUAAGGGCGCUCCAGUAGCGGCAGUAGCUGCAGGGCCGCAGCAUGAGUUCCUGACAACCGCGGCUCAGAAGGUCAUUGAGACUCGAGGUGAUGGAACAACAGCCACAGUUGUAAUAGAAAACGACAUUGCUGAUCCUGACCUUAACCGCGUCAUUCAAGGCCACAAGGUCAACGGCGCCGCUCUGUGCCCCUCAUCACUGUAUGCCGAUAUAUCUCAGACGCUUGCAGAGUAUCUCAUCAAGAAGUAUAAGCCUGAGUAUGAUGGACUUGGACUGGAUGUCUGUGAGGUCACAGUGCCACGGCCAUUGAUUGCGAAAGGUGGACAGCAGCUCUUCAGAGUAUCUGCGACAGCGGAUUGGGCGGAGAAGAAGACAACCCUUCAGAUCUAUUCAGUCACUGCAGAAGGGAAGAAGACCGCUGAUCACGCAACUUGCACUGUCCGAUUAUUUGAUUGUGCUGCUGCUGAGGCGGAGUGGAAACGAGUUUCAUACCUUGUCAAGAGAAGCAUUGACCGACUGCAUGAUAUCGCCGAGGAUGGUGACGCUCACCGUCUCGGUAGAGGUAUGGUUUACAAACUUUUCGCCGCUCUGGUUGAUUACGACGAAAAUUUCAAGAACAUUCGCGAGGUUAUUCUUGACAGUGAACAGCACGAAGCUACCGCACGCGUCAAGUUCCAAGCGUCACAGGGCAAAUUCCACCGGAACCCGUUCUGGAUUGACAGCUUUGGACACCUGUCUGGGUUCAUCAUGAACGCAAGCGAUGCAACAGACUCCAAGAACCAGGUCUUUGUAAAUCACGGAUGGGACUCAAUGCGUUGUUUGAAGAAGUUUUCGCCUGAUGUCACCUACAGAACUUAUGUUAGAAUGCAGCCUUGGAAAGACUCCAUCUGGGCUGGUGAUGUCUACGUCUUCGAUGGGGAGGAUAUCGUUGCGGUGUAUGGUGCAGUCAAGUUUCAAGCCUUAUCGCGCAAGAUCCUCGAUACGGUCCUACCACCCAGUCGUGCUAGCGCCCCGGCUCCGGCGAAGCCUGCUGCUAAGCCCAGUGCCCCAAGCUUGGCCAAACGGGCUCUUACCAUCCUCGCAGAGGAAGUGGGACUCUCCGAAUCCGAAAUCACAGAUGAUCUGGUGUUCGCCGACUACGGUGUGGACUCUCUUCUUUCCCUGACAGUCACGGGCAGGUAUCGCGAAGAGUUGGAUAUCGACCUCGAAUCCUCCGUCUUCAUUGACCAGCCGACCGUGAAAGACUUCAAGCAGUUCCUGGCACCAAUGAGCCAGGGAGAAGUCAGUGAUGGGUCCACCAGUGACCCAGAGUCCAGUAGCUCCUUCAAUGGUGGCUCUUCAACAGACGAGUCCAGUGCUGGGUCCCCUGUCAGCUCACCACCAAAUGAGAAAGUUACGCAGGUUGAGCAGCAUGCUACGAUAAAGGAAAUUCGCGCCAUCUUGGCUGACGAGAUUGGUGUUUCUGAGGAGGAGCUGAAGGACGAUGAGAACUUGGGAGAGAUGGGGAUGGACUCUCUGCUCUCGCUUACCGUGCUUGGUAGGAUCCGUGAGACAUUAGAUCUCGAUCUGCCGGGCGAGUUCUUCAUCGAGAAUCAAACUCUUAAUGACGUGGAAGAUGCAUUGGGCCUCAAGCCCAAGGCUGCGCCUGCACCUGCGCCUGCACCCGUUCCCGCACCAGUGUCCGCGCCCAUAUUGAAGGAACCUGUCCCCAACGCAAACUCUACCAUCAUGACACGGGCGAGCCCGCACCCUCGAUCAACCUCCAUUUUGUUGCAAGGGAACCCGAAAACCGCCACCAAGACCCUGUUCCUGUUCCCUGAUGGUUCUGGUUCCGCAACAUCGUACGCAACCAUUCCCGGAGUGUCUCCAGACGUGUGUGUCUACGGGUUGAACUGCCCGUAUAUGAAGACUCCAGAGAAGCUGAAGUACCCCCUUGCUGAGAUGACAUUCCCUUACCUGGCCGAGAUCCGCCGCAGACAGCCCAAGGGCCCGUACAACUUCGGUGGAUGGUCUGCAGGUGGUAUUUGCGCCUAUGAUGCCGCUCGCUACUUGAUUCUUGAAGAGAACGAACAGGUUGACCGAUUGCUCCUUCUCGACUCGCCCUUCCCCAUCGGCUUAGAGAAGUUGCCCACCCGGCUUUACGGCUUCAUCAACUCAAUGGGUCUCUUUGGAGAAGGCAACAAGGCUCCCCCGGCCUGGUUGCUUCCCCACUUCCUGGCCUUCAUUGAUUCCCUCGAUACCUACAGGGCUGUUCCCCUCCCCUUUGACGAUCCGAAGUGGGCCAAGAAGAUGCCCAAGACUUUCAUGGUCUGGGCCAAGGACGGUAUUUGCAGCAAGCCGGAUGACCCGUGGCCCGAGCCGGACCCGGACGGCAAGCCGGAUACGAGAGAAAUGGUCUGGCUCCUCAAGAACCGGACCGACAUGGGACCCAACAAAUGGGACACGCUCGUUGGGCCCCAAAAUGUCGGUGGUAUCACCGUAAUUGAGGGUGCGAACCAUUUCACCAUGACUCUGGGACCCAAGGCCAAGGAACUGGGCUCCUUCAUUGGUAACGCCAUGGCCAAUUAGAUUGUUAUGCAUUACGCCUUCCUCCAAGACUCCAGCCAGAACUGACAGCACUGCCAUUCUAUUGAUGGAAUUCGCAUAUUAAUCCACUAAUAUUGUCGUUGUACCCCUUAGGAUUUAAGCACACUAUUGUUGUGAUUGCAGGUGGCGGAUUUCGUGCUGCUAAUGGUCUACCUGGAUUUUGGUUUCUUGGAGUUGAAGUGAUGAUGAUGAGAAAAGACGAACGAUGUGAUAUACG